AUGGUCCACCCCGCCACCACCUGCUGCAAGACCUCCGGCGCCGGAGAGUGCGUCUGUGCUUCCCAAGCCAAGUGCUCCUGCGGUAAGGAGAGUGCCCUCCACUGCUCCUGUGGCCAGGCCUCAUCUGAGAAUGCCAUCUCCGGACCCCGCUGCUCAUGCCGCGCCCGUCCUGUUGGUCAAUGCACCUGCGAGCGCUCUGUGAGCGAGAACAAGCCUGUUGCUGGUGAUGCCUGCGCCUGCGGCAGCCGCCCCUCUUCAUCUUGCACAUGUGAGAAAUCUGAGGGUAUCGAGUCCGCGCUCGAGGUGGACUUCACCACCCGCGUCUAA